AUCCUCUUCACCCCCCUUCCACAGCAAGGCACUGAUCUCUGCUAACCUCCAUGUAUAUAUAAGCUCUCUUCCGCCUUAAUUCUUCCCUCUUACGCUACUACUCCCCUUCUCCCUCUCUCUUUAAUCCGUUCGUGGCGGCUUUCCUUCUCCAUCUCCGUUUCUCCCCCCCUUCUCUUCCUCGCUAAUCCGGGUUUUCAUAGCAUACCAAUGUAUUUUGAACUCCAGAGGAAGAACUCGUCUAGACCAUAUGAUUUUUGUUUCAUGAACCGGGGGAGAUUGUGGUGCCUGUGGAAGAUCUUGUUUCGUCACUGGACUUGACGUCUAAUUUUGUUUCUCUCCUUUCCCACCUUCUUUUUUGUGGAGAGGAAAACAUACGAAGCUAUUUGAGGAUUGGAUUCAACAUUUGGGUAUAUUCUUCUUUUUUAUAACACUUGUUUUGAGAGCUCUUCGUUUUAAGCUGAUCGAGAUACGAGAAAAUUAAGAUUUUUUUCCAUCCUGCUCGUGGGAAGUUGUUUAUACGAGCUUCACAGUGUAUACACAGUACUGAAGUCUCUAGAUUUACAAUGAAAAGAAGUUCACAACCUCCUGGGUUUCGGUUUCAGCCAACUCAUGUUGAGUUGGUAAUGUUCUAUCUAAAAAGGAAAGUAAUGCAGAAGAAGCUUCCUAGGGGAGUCAUUUCUGAGUUAGACAUAUACAAAUAUGCGCCCUGGGAUCUUCCAGAUAAAUCGUGUAUGAAAAGUGGAGACCUAAAAUGGUACUUCUUUUGUCCAAGAGAAAGAAAGUAUGCAAGCGGGGCUCGUAUGAAUCGUGGCACUAAAUUUGGGUUUUGGAAAAGUACUGGAAAGGAUAGGCCUGUGUCUUGCAAUAAUGAAGAUGUUGGGCAGAUUAAGACUUUGACAUUUUUUAGAGGUAAAGCACCAAAAGGGGAUCCCACUAAUUGGGUCAUGCACGAGUACCGAAUUGAAGAAAAGAAACUGUCGUUACAAAAUGUUGCUCAGGAUGCAUACGUUCUCUGCGUAAUAUUUCAGAAGGAUGGUCCAGGUCCAAGAAACGGUGCCCAGUAUGGAGCACCAUUUAUAGAGGAAGAUUGGGAUUCUGACGAUCCAGAGGACGUUGAUAAUCCUUCCGGUCUGUCAGUACUACCUAGUACAGAGCCAUCAAAUUCAUUUGCUCCAGGCACCUCUACAGCACCGAGUAACAUUUUUGGUUGUUCGUCUGCAUCCUAUAUUACUGAAAAUUUGGCAUCUACUUCGAAGGAGAUUCCUCAAAUUGCAUGCGGGAGUGUUGCUCCAGUGGAGAUGCCUCAGAAUUUAGAUAACAUGAAUGAUGGGAUUACUAUGGAAGAACUUUUUCCCGACGGAAACUCAAACUUUAACGAUGCUAAUGGAUUUCAGGCUACUGUUGCUGCUUCAAAUAAUGCAGAUCGAAUUGAUACUAUUUUUGAAGGUUUAGAAAAUAUAGACGGCUGGUCUGAUGCAUUUAAUGGAAAUGGGAAUGGUUAUAUCACUGACCAUCAAGUGAUACAUAGUUCAACGUUUCCAAUUGACAGAGCAAUUGUUAGUUCAGACCCAAUGUCAUUCUUGGAGCUGACUGAUCUUGACAUUCCGUUGAGUCCAAAUUACCAGGACCCAAUGUCAUUCUUGGAGCUGAAUGAUCUUAAUGCUACAUGCAAUCGCGAUAGCGUUAAUGAGCCGGGUUUCCCAUUUAGUUCUUUUGGAGCUGCCUAUAAUCCUGGAUACCCUGAUGCACACAUCUCUGGUUCCAGCCAGUUUGCUGGGCUGCAGGAAAACGUUCCUCCCAACUCAAAUGAGGGAUGUAAUGGCUUUGAAGCUUCCUGGCCAAAAUUUGAUUGGAACUCCCAUUAAGGUAGUCCAUAUUAAAAAGCCUUUGAAGAGGACGUCUGGUUUUAUCAUUUCAAUGCCAUAAUUGCACUGAUGCAGCAGCUACAAUCCUGAUCUGAAAAGGAAUCUGUAAGCAUCAUACAGUAUAAAUUCCUUAUAAGAACCUUCUAGUAAUUUAAGAUUAUCUAUUGUGAAGAACUUUACUGCAGGGAUUUCCGUGACUGAUUGUGAAUAAUUAUUUUUUGUGUUGAGAUGAGUAGGAUAGGCUCUCUCACACAUCUAUGCUGCCUCCUUUAUCAAAUGAAUGUCUAGACUGAGAAUAAUAGCGAUUGUGGUGGCAGAUUUUCUAAUUAGGAAAUGGAUGACCACUGCUACUGCUCUUACAGGUUUGUGAAAGCUGUUUAGUUUUAUUGGACAAACCGAAGUAUUCAAUCUUUUACCAUAAGGAAGAUUGGCCAUUUGGGACUUUUUAUGAUAUUAUUUUGAUUUUCGUGUUGAA